CAGAAGCUUCACAACACUUCCCACUAGACUUGGUGCCCACCAAAACCAUCUUCUUCUCUCGUAUACUUCCCACUCACUCAUGGAUCCUGCAAAGCAAUUUUUCUUGCUUUUCCUACUCUUCCUCAUCUCCUCUGUUCAAAUUCAGGCCAGGGAAAUCAAAUUCUUUAACCGGGUCUCCCAUUACACCACCAACAACAACAAGAACAACAGCAACAAUGGAAAGGAGACUGAGCUCCCCAAGAAGGAAGAAACUCCAAGUAAAGAAGACGAGGAGCCGAGCUUCACCCCAGAGAGCGAAAACGGGUAUGGCCUCUACGGUCAUGGCUCAGGACAGCUCCCACCCACCACCGACAAUGAUGCAUACUACACUACUGGCAACCUCCGAGCAGAGAAGACCACCACCAGUGAAUACAAUAAUGGUGGAAACUACGAGUACAAGCAGUUCAACAAGCGCUACCCCAACAACUUCUACAGCACAAACAAUGGCUAUGAGACCAAGCAACAAGUAGGCUUAGAAGGAACAAGGUUCACAAGCACAGAAUACCUCAACAACAACAACAAUGGCUACGAGACCAAGCAGCAACAAACCAUGGGCGGAGCAAGGUUGGCAGACACAAGCUACCUCAACAACAACAACAACUACCACUACAGCAAUAACAACAACAAGUACAGAAACAAUGGAUAUGCGACCGAGCAGCAGGGAAUGAGCGACACACGGUUCCUGGAGGGCGGUAAGUACUUCUACGAUAUGAAAAAGGAGAGUUCUUAUCCCAGUGGAUACGGAUGGCAGAAGGGAAGCAGUGAGGGUUUGGGCUCCUCCAGGAACACGUACAACUAUGGAGGUUACAAUGGCAACAACAAUGAGAAUGGGUUUGAGUACAACAACUCCAUGGAAGGAUACCAGAACCAGGAGGAUCAGUACCAAGAGAGCCAGGAAGAGUAUGAACCAUGAUUUCUACGUGGGUGGUGUUCAAUCACAUUUUAUGAUUUAGUAUUUAUCCUUGAAACAUUAGGGUUAUGUUUGUUGGUGAUGUUUUGUAAUGUCGUUUUGUGUUUGCUAUUACAUUUUCUGAUUUGCAGACCAAAAUACAGAGAGCUUCAAUUCUCAACUUGUAUUUGGGGGGGAGAGAAAUAUUCAAUAAAUGUAUAUUAUUAGAGCUUACUUAC